AUGGAAGAUAGUGGAAUUGAUAGUGAUCCAAAGACCACUAGUCAUAUAGAAGAUGAAAGACUUUUUUUGGGAAGCGAUAGCAGUUGUAGCAGCAAUCAGACACAGACAUCUCAGCAUAAUUCUACCACUAAACAGUUACAAAGAAAGCUUGAAGCACGAAUUGAGCAAGCUAAACGUAUUCAACGUAGUUCAGAUUACGUAAAGUUGCCAAAGUAUGAUAAAAGUUGUGGGAGUGGUAGUAGUGCUGCUGGUUUGAUAUCCAUUCAAAGACUUCCUGUUCCAAAUAAAAAUAAAGAACAUCUUCCUCUUGUUGAAUACUGGCAUGGUGAUAGUGAAAGUGAAGGUGAAAUGACUCUUUUUCCAACAACUAAAUCAAAAGAUUCUUCAAAACACAAGCAAGAGCUUACUGAUACAUUUAGCAUUGACGAAAUGAGUGAAGAAAGUGAGGAUUCUUUAAACUUAGGACUUGCACAACCAUCUCCAGAGCUCAAAUUUAUGAAAUCUUAUAAAUGUACUGAUGAUUGCUUUCGUUGUCAAUGCUAUAUAUUGUAA